GUUAUCUCCUCCAUCAUCCUUACUCACCUGCACUAACAUGAUGGAUUAACAAUUCAGGGUCUAAAAACAGAUGCUGCGGGUAAAGUGAAGUUCACAGUGGAGAUGCUGCCUUAAAUCUACUGUGACCGAAGAUGACAGAAGUUUGCUUUUCGACAAUGUAGGAGCCAGCUGUCAAGGCAGAGAGUGGAAAGAGUGACCAAGCAGCAAAGAAAACUCCAAGGAGAAUUGGCAGACCAAGAGUGUUGCUGGAUUCCAUGCACUGUAAAGAUGGGGACACUGCUCGAACCAGCUGUACUGCUGCUUUUAUGGCAGGGUGUAUGGGCUUUGGACGUACCACUGGAAAUCAGACAGCCCCCAACUAUCAUCAAACAGUCUCUGAAGGAGCAUAUUGUUGACCCCAAGGACACCAUGGUCAUAGAAUGUGAAGCAAAGGGAAACCCUCAUCCAAUUUUCUCAUGGAGGCGCAAUGGGAAGUAUUUCAAUGUAGCACGUGACUCUCAGACAUCGAUGCGCAGACGCUCAGGGACACUGGAUAUCUAUGCCAGGAACAAUCCAGGAGACUAUGAAGCAGAGUAUCAGUGCAUUGCUUCCAAUGAGUAUGGCUCUGCAUACUCCAACAAGAUCAGACUCCAACUAUCAAGAGCUCCAGUCUGGCCAAGGGAGAUUCUGGAGCCUGUGGUGGUCAGUGUCGGCUUGCCUCUGGUCCUGUCCUGCGACCCACCACCUGGCCCGCCUAAACCUGAGACCUACUGGAUGUCCAGCUGUUCAUAUGCGAGGCCUUUUAACUGGCCAAUUCAGACUGCUUUCCCCACUAUGCAGGCUGUGCGGCAGGACCGCAGGGUUUCCAUGGGAGUAAACGGAGAUCUGUACUUCUCUAAUGUCUUGAUCAAUGACUCUGCCACGGACUACUGCUGUAAUGCUCGCUUCCCUUACAAGAAUAUCAUCCAGCAGAAGAUGCCUGUGGUUGUCAAGGUGCUUACAACUCGAACGGUGGCCGAGGCUGCCCCCACCUGGCUGUCUCCCACAGGCUCAUCCAGCUCCGUCAUGGUCCUUCAAGGGGAGGAGCUGUUCCUGGAGUGCAUCGCUGCAGGAGUGCCAACACCUCACAUUAGCUGGAUGAAGGACGGUGAGGCGCUUUCGGUUACGUCACGCAUGAGAGUAAAGAACUUCAAUAAGAUGAUUAAAAUCCCAAAGGCAUCUUUUGAUGAUGCAGGCGAAUAUGUGUGCACUGCUACGAAUAAGAUUGGAUACAUCGAGCACACAAUAACUGUCCGAGUUAAAGCGGCACCAUUUUGGUUGGAGAGGCCCAGCGAUUUGAUCUUGGCCCCUGAGGAAAAUGGGCAAUUAGUGUGUCGUUCUGAUGGUGCCCCUCGGCCCACCAUUCGCUGGUUUAUCAAUGGAGAACCAAUUGAAACUGCCACACCACAACCUAACAGACAUGUCUCAGGAGAAACACUGACUCUCCGCUCUGUGACUGUUGCAAACACUGGUGUCUACCAGUGCAAUGCUUCAAAUCAGUAUGGCUAUUUAUUUGCCAACGCUUUUGUCAACGUGCUACAUGCAACACCACGUAUAAUGGGGCCCAGGAAUGAGCUCAUCAAGGUGAUAGAGGGCAGCCGUAUCUUCUUACACUGCCGCUACUUUGGUUCUCCGGUGCCUGAUUUGCGAUGGUCUAAGUAUGGGCAAGGGAAUCUUGAAGGAAAUCGUUUUAAGACCCACGGUAACGGGACCCUAGAAAUCAAGCGCAUAAAGGUAGAUGACCAGGGGACUUACCUGUGUAUCGUCAGCAAUAUCGCAGGAAGAGAUGAGAGUCAAGUCCGAGUAGAAGUUAAAGAGCCAACUAUGAUUAUCAAAAGACCACAGAAUAUGAAAGUCCUGCGUGGAACUGAUGUGCGCUUUGAAUGUGGUGUAAAACACGAUGUCAGUACACCUGUCACAACCUCUUGGAUGAAAAACAAAAAGUUUGUCACCCUGGGCUGGAGGAUUUCUCUGGAUGAAUCAAACCUGGUCAUCACAAGUGUGAACAGAGGGGAUGAGGGCAAUUAUACCUGUAUCAUCAAAACCGAAAUGGAACAGAAAUCUGCCUCAGCACAACUAAUGGUGAUGGACCGUCCUGAUCCUCCCACUGAUUUAGAGUUAUCAGAUCCAUAUGAGCGCAGUGUAAGACUCACUUGGGUUCCUGGAGACAACAACCACAGCCCUAUCACAGAGUACUUGGUGCAGUAUGAUGAAGAUGACUGGUUGCCAGGGAAGUGGAGAAACCUGUCAACGUACCCAGGGAACCUCAACUCUGUCGUUCUGCAGCUUUCACCAUUCACCUAUUAUGAGUUUCGCGUCAUCGCUACCAAUGCCAUUGGACCAAGUCGUCCUAGUCGUCCAUCCAUGCGCUUCCAGACCAGCGGUGCACCUCCUGAUGUCAUCCCAAAGAACUUAAAAGGAGUGGGUACAUGGAGAAAUAACAUGGAGAUCAGCUGGGAGCCUCUGACCUACAGAGAGUGGAAUGGGCCUCACCUAAAAUAUCUGGUAUGGUGGAGAAGGAGAGAUUCCCGAGAAGAGUGGAAAAAUGCCACCACCAAGUGGCUGAAAUAUUACAUCUAUGAUGCGGACACCUUCACUCCUUAUGAACUCAAGGUUCAGGCUGUCAAUGACUUUGGGCUGGGCCCGGAGUCUCCUGUUGUCAUUGGUUACUCUGGAGAAGACCGUCCCAAUGCUGCACCCCUCAACCUGAGGGUGUCCGACAUACAGAGCACUGAGGUGACUUUGCACUGGGACCCAGUUUCUCGCAGCUCUAUCAUGGGAGAACUGAAAGAAUACAAGGUGUACUACUGGAGGGACAGUAGCCAGCUGAGAUGGCUGAGUGUCAGCAGGGCUAUGAAAUCAAAAGCGUUCCCAGGCAGUGAUCCAGAGCCCUCUGGGGUUCUCUCUGACCUCUUCUCUUACAGCAACUACAAGUUGUACAUAGUGGUGGCUAAUAAUCGAUUUGAAGGGCCACCCAGUAAUACUAUACAAUUCUCAACACCCGAAGGAGUACCAUCUGUUCCCAGAUCCUUCAGGAUCCAGCAGAGACAUCUGGACACUAUUUAUGUCGACUGGGAAACGCCAGCAGAACCCAAUGGAAUCAUUACUGGGUAUUCCCUCAAGUACCAGACAGUAAAUGCCACCAGAGGAGAGGAGCUACGAGUUGAAGAGUUCCCUGCAAAUGUGACAAGUUUCUCUGUUCGGCGAUAUGACCGCUACACUCGAUACAGAUUUUCCCUGGCAGCACGAACUCAGGUUGGCAUUGGGGAAUGGUACACUGAGGAGUCACCGCACUACACCACUGAAGCUUAUGCUCGGGACCAGGUGGACAUCACCACUCAGGGCUGGUUUAUAGGAAUAAUGUGCGCUGUAGCAGUUAUUGUCCUCAUCCUUCUCAUAGUCUGUUUUAUCAAAAGGAGCCGAGGGGGGAAAUACCCAGUACGAGACAAAAAAGACAUCUCACUGGAGCCAGUGGAUGACAAAGAUCAGGAGGGAUCAUUUGACUAUCGGUCUCUUGAAAGGAUAGCACGUGUCUCUACUCUUCCUUAUCCGCGGCGAGAGGAGGAGAGAGGCCUCCAGAGAGGCCAAGAAUCUGUGGAGGCAAUGAUGAAGCGAACAGACAGUGACGACAGUCUUGUGGAAUACGGAGAAGGCGGGGAGAUCCAGUUCAACGAGGAUGGCUCUUUCAUUGGCGAGUACACAGGAAGCAGGAGAGAUGUCAGAGAGGUGGACUAUGGAGGGAGUCUGGAGCUCCACUCUCCAAUGAACGCCAUCUACUCCCUGGCGUAACAGUCUCUCUCUCACGUAAACUCAACUCUGCGUCGCCUGACAUUGCCACGCUUGUAUCCUCCACUUAAGAACUCAGAGGAAAUAUGCGACUUGUGGUAUAUCUGUGCCUGCAAGAGGGAACAACUGGAGCCUGAAGUGCCACUGCCCUCCAUCUCCUCACACCUUUCUCAGCACUGACAAUGCAGCACACAAGCAUUUUAACAAUGUGGAGGAACAGCUGGGACGAUACACCAGGAGAUGAAACACUCGUGUGAUAAAAAGGGAGCUUUACAUUUUGUUACUUGUAUUGCAUUUCUUGUAAGUAAUUGCAAGGAGAGUGUGUGUAUGUGUGUAUAUGAGUGCGUGUACAGGUACAUAUGUUCAAUUAUACCACUAAACCAAGAAAUACUGACUUCACAUCAAAGGAGAUAGAAGUUAAAGAGUUUAUCAUGUUGAUAAAAGCAGCUGCAACUUUAAAAAGGACCAUCUUAACUCUUUCUUUCUUUCUUUCUUUCUUUCUUUCUUUCUGCAAAUUUCAAUAAUAUCAUUCAUGUUUUGUCUGAUGUUGAUAGUUUGAAAUAAGGAGCACACCCCAUGCCUUUCAGGACCACAUAACCCAUAAUCUCAUUCCAAACUUUGGACUGCCUUCGCUUCAUUUUAUAUGCUGGUGUUAAAAGUACAUUGUAUCAAAAUGUUGUUGGUGAUAGGUGCAGGGUAAUAAAAUGUCUCUGGGGACUAAUGAUUCAUAUUCACCGUCAGUUUAAUAUUGUUGGUUAAUAAUGAUGGGGGACAAGAGGUCAAGCCAGCUGGGGAAUCAGUGAGCAGUAAAUGGCCAUAAACCAGCUAUAAAAUCAGACAGACAUGGACAUUUGUCUAUGAAAUGGCAUAACUGUUUCCUCCAUUUCUCACAGAAUGGAGAUAAAUGUACAUAAUUAAUCUUUAUGUAACAGCUUAACUGUGUCUUUACUUUAUUUGACUCAUAACAUGUGCCCUAAAGUAAAUAAAUAUCUUGUUUUUGGAGGACA